GUCCGUCCAUCCGCUUUAAAGGACACGAAGUACUAGAUAACGCUUUGCUCGUCCAUUCGUUCUUAUUAAAUGUCUCAAUGGUUCUGCAAUAUCAUACAUCACUCUUCACCCCAUUUCAUCCUUUACCAAUCUUAGUUCCCAGGAUGGUGUUGAAUGUGAUGAAGGAGCUUCCCAACGUUCCUCUAUCCCCCAACGCAAACAUGACUAUUCACACUGCCGUUCCAACAGAACGAGGUCCUAAAGUUUCUAGGACUAAGCCUAAUCUGUUUCUUGAGAGACGCGUUCCUCUGGGAGAGAUUGAACGUUUACGUGAAAAGUGGAAUGCCGUGCCUUCUCCAGUUAUCAGUCUGAUCAUACCUACUCACGCUAAUGUCCAAUGCAGACAGGUUCACCUGCCAACAUUAAGUGGCAACACGAACCCAUCAGCCCCCCAUCCGCGGCUUGGACAUCACCACAAGACAUUACCUUACCGACCCUUUCAGUGCCUUCUCCUAGUACUCCGGCUUCAUGCAAGCGCUGGGGUAUGUUCAUGUUGAAGUACAAAAUUCAACAUUCACAAAUUCUGUUUCUGAUGACCUUUACAUUUAGGAAACCAUCAUACGCUUUGAAGAGCCGUGGAGAGAAGAUAGAGUCCACAGCAGAUACCGGUUGCGAAAGGUCCCUGAAAUUCUUAAAGAAGUCAGCUACCACCAAAUCAGCACCUGACCUCAAGGCGCUGGGCAAAGCUACUGGUGCGAAACGACUGGCUCCACCUGUUCGCCCUGUCCCUCCAUUGCCUCAAAGUGCCACUGUGCCACCAUCAACCAAAUUCCCGGUGGCCGACGAAGAACAAGAGGGAGAGUUAACGAACGACUUCAACGACAAAGGGAUUUACUUCGGCUGCGAUCCUAGGUGGGACCCGUCUCAGGGCGAUGCCACCUUAUUUCUCAUAUCCCCGGUGGACGACGUGCCAGCAGCGGCAGACUGUGAAGAGCUAAUCGUGAAGCGACAACGAUCAUUCACUCGGUCUACCCACAGCCUUCCACUAGAUAGUCCGAACAGUCAAAUCCACUACCAUAGGUCCCCACAGACGCAACGUAUGCAUCCCAUCGACGAACUUCAUUCCUAUCUGGAAUUGUAGGUCGACUAGAGCUCGGCCAUAUCAAGAAUAGGUGCCCUGGGAUUCGAAUCCAUCGUGAUCUUCUUCGAGGCCGACCGCUUAAUGACUACAAGCCUUGCCUUUUAACGUCCCUGCGCUCAAUCGGUAGACUCGGAUUCCCAGCCAUUCGUUAUGUUGUAUCGCUAUAAACUACUUUGUAUUGUUACCAGCUG